CCACCCUGUGAGUGUGUGUGUGUGUGUGUGUUGGAUUUCUAUGGGAUUAAUGGCCACAUGACAACACUGGGCCGGCCGCCUGGUGAGUCCUUUCAUUUGGCUUCACUCGCAGAGUCCGUGUGUGUGUGUGUGUGUGUGAGCUGUCCAACAGUUUACAGAGAGCUGGAGGCAUCCAAAACUUCAUUCCCGCGGAUCUGUAAAUGAAGUCUAUGCUGGAGAGACCGGGAGCUCGCUUGUGAUGGAGCGGGACGUCACCAGUUUAUCAGGAGAGGACUAUUUUGAGGGGAAGCUGUGCUCAGACGCAGAAUCCCUGAGUCAAGGGGACAAAGACUAUGAUGACAUCUUGGAGCUCAAUCAGUUUGACGGACUGCCGUACUCCUCUAGGUUUUACAAACUGCUGAAGGAAAGAAAAGAGCUGCCAGUGUGGAAGGCAAAAUCUGAAUUCAUGGACACUCUGGCCAAGGGACGGUUUGUCGUUGUCAGUGGAUCCGCUAAAAGUGGGAGAAGCUCUCAAAUUCCCCAGUGGUGUGCCGAGUUCUGCCUGUCAGCCCGGUUCCAGCACGGCAUGGUGGUGUGCACCCAGGUCGACACGCAGCAGGCCGUAGAUCUGGCCUUGAGGGUGGCGGAUGAGAUGGACGUCAACAUUGGUCACGAAGUGGGCUACAGCAUCCCUUUGGAAACGUGCUGCACCAACGACUCCGUCCUCAGGUACUGCACUGAUGACAUGCUGCUGAGAGAGAUGAUGUCGGACCCUUUGCUGGAGCACUACGGCGUGGUGGUCGUGGACCAGGCCCACCAGAGGACCGUGGCCACCGACGUGCUGCAGGGCCUGCUGAAGGACGUCGCCCUGCAGAGGCCGGAGCUCCGCGUGGUCCUCCUCACCUCGGACGAGCCCGGCCCCAAGCAGCUGGCCCACUUCACCGGGUCGGCCGCGCCUCUGAUCCGCCUGGAGAGCCCCGGGGCAGGGGAGGUGGUGUACAGCAGCACAGGUGACGGCUACUUCUGCUCCGCUCUGCGUCUGGUGCUGGAGAUCCACCGGUGUGAGGGGGAGGGAGAUGUGGUGGUGUUUCUGGUGACGGCACAGGAGAUAGAUCUGGCUCAUGACAUCCUGAGCCAUGAGGGGCAAAGCUCACCCCCUGACCUGGGUGAGCUCCUGCCUGUUGCUGUGCACCCCGGUCAGCCUGGGAAUCUGCCACUCGAGGGGGAGGAGGAGACAGGUCGCACCCGCAGAGUCUUCCUCACAUCCAGCCCGAACGAGGACUUCUUCUGGGCUGUUAGCUCCAUAAGAUUUGUCAUUGAUGCCGGGCUUGAGAAACGAUUUGUUUAUAACCCCAGGAUCAGAACAAACUCGGUCAUCACUCAGCCAAUCAGCACGGGUCAGGCCGAGAGCCGCAAACAGCUCGCGGGUCCAACAGGCAAGUGUUUCUGUCUGUACCCAGAGGACAGACAGCUUCCUGCGGAGGCACGACCACAUAUCAUGGAGUCUGACAUCACCUCCACUGUGCUCUUCCUCAAGAGGAUGGAGAUCGCUGGGCUGGGCCACUGCGACUUCAUCGACAGGCCGGAUCCUGGAGGCCUGAUGCAGGCUUUGGAGGAGCUGGACUACCUGGCAGCUCUGGACAAUGAUGGCAACCUGUCUGAGAUGGGCAUCAUCAUGUCCGAGUUCCCCUUGAAGCCCCAAAUGGCCAAGACUCUGCUCGCCUCCUGUGAGUUUGACUGUGUCCGCGAGGUGGUCAUCAUCGCUGCUAUGCUAGCAGCACCUUCUUGCUUCGUGGUUCCCUCCGCGGAUCUGAAGCCAGAAGCGAACCAGUGCCACUUGAAGUUCCAGCACCCGGAGGGAGACCACUUCACGCUCAUCAAUAUCUUCAAGGCCUUUAAAAGGUCUCAGCAGGAUCCACACUGUAGCGUUGAGAAGUGGUGUCAGGAUUCCUUCCUGAACCACACAUCUCUGUUGAUGGCUGACGCUCUUCGCGUGGAGCUCAUCGACACUCUGAAGAGGAUCGAGCUGCCCGUCUCGCUGCCGGCGUUCGGUUCCCGAAGAAACACCUUCAAUGUGAAGAGAGCCCUGCUGGCAGGUUUCUUCAUGCAGGUGGCGCGGGAUGUCGAUGGAUCAGGGAACUACUUCAUUAUGACCCAUAAGCACGUAGCCCAGAUUCAUCCUCUGUCUGGAUACGGAGCCAAGAACCCCAAGCUGGGCCUGCCUGACUGGGUGCUGUUCCAUGAGCACUCCUUCUCCGAGGACAACUGCCUCCGCACCGCCACCCACAUUACACCUGAGGAGUUCAUUCAAAUGGCACCGCAGUAUUUCUUCUACAACCUGCCGCCCAGCGAGAGCAAAGACAUCCUGCAGAACAUUUUGAACCAUUCUCAUUACCAAGAGGAGACACCUUCACCCUCCCAGGAGACACCGCAAGAGGACCGGACCAGUGACCGCUGUGUUGUACAGUGACGGACCGAACCACUGCUCCCAGGGGUGGUGAUGAAAGAACCUGUAUUACCAGUAACCAGUUAUUGCACUACACCGAAUAGAAUCACAUUGCCUGGGUAGUUGUUGAGUCAAUCGUAUACUUUCAUUAGAUCUUUUUUGUAGUUUCAUCUUUGCACCGCCGUUUUGUCACAAUAUCAUGUUAUAUAUAUUUUUCUUUGCCAGUUACACAAAGUUCUUAUGUUGCUUUCUUUAGCAUCUGUUUAUAUGUUUGUAUUUAAAUCAUAUUCAACAGAACAAUCUCUUAACAGAAUUUCUAAUAAUAAUUUUCUCAUACUUAAAAUGUUAAACUUAUUAUUUAUUGUACUCCGAUGUGGUUUCCAUUUGAGUUAUUCUGUUGCUCCACAUCUUCCCCUCAGUCACUGUCCAUUGGUCAGUCACCCUCAGCAGUGGUCCAGCCUGAUUAAUGAGGUUCAGGGACAGUUUGCGUCCCCCUGCAGCUCCAUCUGGUGUCGAUACAGCUCGGUAACUGCAGGGUGACCCAGUUCACUGACACUGUAUUAAAAACAUCAUGUCCUCUCCUCUGUGCAGCAGGAGCCGCUGCCAGGACCCACUUAAAAUCAUCACUCUGAAAAGCUUUUUUCAAGGCAAAGCAGCUGUGCACAGUACGUGUUGACAUUGUUUAAAUAUCCGGAUAAAUAAACUGAAAUAACGGCCCAGCGAGUUAGAUUGCACUUUGUUUGUUAUCCAAAAAUCUGAAUAAAACUCCUCCACUGAAGCUUGAUCUGAUGUGUCGUAUUAGCCCGAGAGCACAUUAGUAUUCUGUGAUGCUUCUGAAGAAACAUUUAGAAACUAUGUUAAGAUCUGUGUUAACAUCCAGCUUGACAGAUCCAAUCACAAGUGGACAGCUCUACGCUAUUGUGUUAUGUCAGUCAGGACCACUUCACUCUGUUCUGGGGCCUCCCUGCUCUUCCAGGUACAUACGUGGAAAAGCCUACGCACCUCUCCGUCCUUCCAAAGCUUAAGGCAGGGAGAGCAGCAGCUUUUACUUUAAAAGUAAAAUUAAAAUGUGCCCUGAAUGCGUCUCCUGUGACCACUUCCCUGCUCUUUAUACAAAUAAACACACUCGUCAUUUCUGUU